UUGAAAUUUGCUCAUCGUUGCCGAGAUCCUUAAACGCUUAAACCCUCCAAUGGUUUUGAUUCAACAUUUCCCCUGAGAUUUGGGAGUGUCCUUAAACCCAUACACUGAUCGAGCUCAAGAAGAAGGUGGAGAAGCAGAGAAAUGGUGAAUAAACCUUGGAAGAUAAUUCCAAGGCCACUUCUAGAAACAGUUCUCAACAACCAUGUCCAACGCCACCGUGUUCCUCAGCCUCUCAUCCUCCAUGGUCCUCGUGGCGUCGGCAAAACCACUCUCAUUCUCAACCGUCUACUCGGAGAUUGGAACAAAGGGCCACAUCUCGCUGGCUAUGUAGAUUUUGCGCAAUCGAUAACGGAACACCAUCCAGAUCACCACCAAUCAUAUCCAUGGACGUCUUGGACCAGUGUUGACCCACCAUUGUUGUCCAAUUGCAAAACCCAGCUCGAGAAUUGUCUUGAAUCUAUGAGUCACAAAGCUAUCAAACUUGGGAGUUUAAGCUCGCAGCAGAUUUUCACUACUAUGAACAAAUGGUAUGGUCUUAAUACUGCACUUCGUCGUAUACUUGAGGGUUAUAACAUUGCCGUUCCAGAGAAAGUCUCCGUUUCAUUUCUCUGGGAACGGGCAGUGUAUGCGCUAUCUGUUCGACAAAAUGCCGAUGAGAUUGAUGGGUUGCUUGAAUUGGAAGAGAAAGGUAAUAGCUUGUCUGUAGAAGAGGCUUCGUAUUAUAGAGAGACUGCUUUUGCGUUAAGAUUGGCUAAAGAGGUUAUAAAGGUGCACCAGGGUUGGAAAGCCAAUGCCAUUGCCCAUCUUAAUCGAACUAACGGGUUUUCGAGAACAUUAGCGAAUUCUUGUACUGAUUGGCCGUUGCUAAUGCUUGAGUUGUUAUCACAAGCUGCAGAGAUUGGUUUCUUCCAGCCUAAGCUGGUCUUAAACAACAUUGAAAUCUUGAAGAGGGCUAUUCAGACUGAUGAUUCAACAGUCUCAGCGUCAAUGUACCAUGACAAUCUUAUAUGGAGAAUAAUAGCUUUAAGUGCGAAUGAGCGCUGUCUACCUGUCCUAUUCGUGACUUCAGAUAGCUACUACUCAUAUCAAGCCUUUGUUGACUACGGGUUUCCAGACAUUUUCAUCUCUCGUGAGACAUUUGGAUGGAAUCCUCAAGAAGCAAAAUUACACAUGGUUCCUGAUUACUUCAGUGCUUCGGAGUGGACUAUCAUUGCUGAUGUUCUUGGUGCCAAUUCUCGGCAUCUAUUCGAGCUUUAUGCGCUUAAACAAAGUAAUCAUUACCAAAGUUUGAUGGGGAGUAAAGCAGGUACAUUUGAAGAUAUUGUGGAUGCAUACUUGGCAUAUUUACAAGUUGCUGUGGUUAAUCCUGCAAUGGACAAAGCUUUGUUGCGGCUUCAACGGUAUGCCACUGAUGUACGAAAAGGAAGCAUUCCGUAUGAAAAAUUACAUUUUGGUGCUCCAUGGAGGCAUCCUCCGCAAACUGAGGAUCCUACUCUUAACUCUGAGUGGGCUAAAAUUCAGCUGAUGGAUUUUGUUCAAGCUCUUGUCAAUACAGAAUUCGCGGUAAAUUAUUUGGGUGACUAUAGCCUUGAGAUCUUUGAAGACCCUUCUGCUAUGGCAUUGGUUGAGGUUGGGAUACUGUAUACUCAGCGAGAUCCAUCUUUCUUCCGGCCAAUAUCUCAAGGCAUUAAAAGAUGCCUUGUUAGAUGGCUCAUCCAAGAGCGUAUGCAAAUGAGUUACUGGAGCUCAACCAAAUAUUGGUGGCAGAGAAUCAUCCGGGGUCGUUAUUACAAGCAUUUAAUGCUUGGCUACAGAACAUAGGCAGUUUCACACAGGUUUUGUUUUCACAGAAACGUUGAUGAAAUCUCGGUAUCUCGUGCACGUAGAUCCCCGACCAAAACAUGUCGGACUCAUAUUUUACCGUGAAGUAGGAAACAUAAAGGGGCGUUGGUUUUAUUGCCGUCAAUGUCUGCCCUUUAGUGAAAUUGCAUUAAGAAGAGAGGUCGGAGGGAAAAACCUCCAGCUACAGAACGGUGUAAUCGUGUAAGUGGGAAUACAUUGCCAUGAGAACGUCUUUUCUCUUCAGACGCUGUAUAUAAAGCGCAUGUUGCUGUGUUAUGUGAUUUUUUUCAGGUAAAAUUAUAAGUCAAAUACUUUAAUUAUUCACUGUAUUGUCUACCUUUUCCAAGCCGAAAAGUCCAAUAAAGCUUUUUGGUUAAAACGA